AAAAUAAACAGAGAAUGCCAGCGGAAUCAUCGAUCUAUUGGAGUUCGGUCGACUCCCGAAAAUCGACCUCCGGCAGUUCCGGAAGCGACGCUGGCAGUCGUCAUUACGUGGACCCGUGGGACCUGGAAAAUUACGCUUACCUACGUCGUCAUAGCGUCGCCGACGUGCCGCGCCGAACGCGACGUCCUCCUACAAACGAGCGUUCUUCCCGCGAUACGCGAGCAUUCUCGGAAUACUGGUAUGCCUUACCCUCAUUGAGAGAAUCGGAAUACGAUGGUUCCCCAUACGCGCAGGAACUGUACCGUAGACCAAUUAAGCCAACAAACAAUGGCUUCUAUUAUCAGCAAGCUAUCUAUGAGGACGAGGGAAUGGAUUAUACUGCACCGUUUCCGGUUUACACGCCUGGAUUAUUCGAAAUUUCUAGAUAUCCCCCGCAAGAAGAAAGAUGCUUGCCAUAUGCAAUUCACACAGAUAAAGACAGAUAUAUAGCGGAAGCGAUCUGCCCACCUCAUAUUGGACAUUUAAACACAUACGGUCAUCUGAAGAUCGACUACACGAACAGCUGGAAUUCACUCAAUCGUCGAAUUAGAAAAUAAAAGAAUUGGCUUCUCUCGGAUCAGAAAUGGAUAUGAGAGAUGAAUUACUCGAUGAUGAGAUAUGUUACAUAAAUAAUAUUGUUAUAUAUGCUCAAUUAAAGCUUUUAAUUAAUUAAGGGUUUUUAAUCGAAAAAAACCUGUAAUUAAAUCGUUUUUAAUAUCGUUAUUAUUAUUUAUUAGUCGAUAGUUCACAAACAUUUGUUUUGCUUUCGUAUGUGUGUUACAGUAUUAGAUAUAUUUAAAAAAUUAUAUUACGUUAAUUUAUUUUAUUAAUUUGUAAUUGUAUUAACUUUCUUCGUUCAAAACAUUACGUAAGAAACGAAAUAUUAUUAAAUUAUUUGCGUUCAUAAACCAU